AUGGAAGGGCGCCGCUGGGCCGGCCGGUGCGUGGCCCUGGCGCUCCUCUCCGCCUGCUGCGUGACCCGCGGCGGCGAGGCCGAGCGGCAGUUCCUCAACGAGUGGGCGGCGGAGGUGCCGGCGGGUCCCGACGCCGCCAGAGCCAUCGCCGAGGAGCUGGAGUACGACCUCGUGGGGCAGAUUGGAUCACUCAAAAAUCAUUACCUAUUCAGACAUAAAAGCCAUCCAAGACGGUCUCGAAGAAGUGCCAUUCAUAUCACUAAAAGACUUUCUGAUGAUGAGCGGGUAUCGUGGGCUGAACAGCAAUAUGAAAAAAAGCGAACUAAGCGUGCCACCCUGAGAGACUCAGCAGAAAAUCUUUUCAAUGAUCCUAUGUGGAAUCAGCAGUGGUAUCUGCAAGAUACAAGAAUAACUCCAUCACUGCCCAAACUGGAUCUCCAUGUUAUUCCUGUAUGGCAGAAAGGGAUUACAGGAAAAGGUGUUGUCAUUACAGUACUAGAUGAUGGAUUGGAGUGGAAUCAUACUGACAUCUAUGCUAACUAUGAUCCAAAGGCAAGUUAUGAUUUCAAUGACAAUGAUCAUGAUCCUUUUCCUAGAUAUGACCCAACAAACGAAAACAAACAUGGGACACGGUGUGCAGGAGAAAUUGUCAUGCAAGCCAACAACAGAAAAUGUGGGGUUGGAGUAGCCUACAAUUCAAAAGUUGGAGGUAUACGUAUGCUGGAUGGAAUAGUCACUGAUGCCAUUGAAGCCAGUUCGAUUGGCUUCAAUCCAGAUCACGUGGAUAUUUACAGUGCAAGCUGGGGCCCUAAUGAUGAUGGUAAAACUGUAGAGGGACCUGGCAGACUGGCACAGAAAGCUUUUGAAUAUGGGAUAAAACAGGGCCGAAAUGGAAAAGGCUCCAUUUUCGUAUGGGCUUCUGGAAAUGGAGGUCGUCAGGGUGAUAACUGUGACUGUGAUGGUUACACUGAUAGUAUCUACACUAUCUCCAUUAGCAGUGCUUCUCAACAAGGCCUUUCUCCCUGGUAUGCAGAGAAGUGCUCUUCAACUCUGGCCACAGCAUACAGCAGUGGGGAUUAUACUGACCAAAGAAUUACAAGUGCUGAUCUUCACAAUGAAUGUACAGAGACUCACACUGGGACCUCUGCAUCUGCACCACUGGCAGCAGGAAUUUUUGCUCUAGCUCUGGAAGCAAACCCAAAUCUAACCUGGAGGGAUAUGCAACACUUGGUAGUCUGGACCUCUGAAUACGAUCCACUGGCUGGCAAUCCAGGAUGGAAAAAGAAUGGAGCUGGACUCAUGGUAAACAGCCGAUUCGGAUUUGGAUUACUCAAUGCCAAUGCACUGGUGGAUUUAGCUGAUCCUGAAAGAUGGAAAGGACUACCGGAAAAGAAGGAGUGUAUUGUCAAAGACAAAAGCUUUGAACCGAGAUUAUUAAGAGCAAAUGGGGAGGUCAUCAUUGAAAUUCCCACAAAAGCCUGUGAAGGUCAAGAAAACUCCAUUGCAUCACUGGAGCAUGUGCAGCUUGAGGCAACAAUUGAAUAUUCCCGUAGGGGUGAUCUUCAUGUCACCCUGGUAUCUCCAUCAGGGACCAGCACUGUCUUACUGGCUGAGAGGGAGAGAGAUAAGUCUCCUAAUGGCUUUAAGGACUGGGACUUCAUGUCUGUUCACACAUGGGGAGAGAACCCAACAGGUACCUGGGUAUUAAGAAUUACUGAUGUGUCCAGAAGAAUACAAAAUGAAGGGAGAAUUGUAAAUUGGAAAUUGAUUUUGCAUGGUACUUCUACCCAACCUGAACACAUGAAGCAGCCACGUGUGUACACAUCCUAUAAUGCCGUGCAAAAUGACAGAAGGGGAGUGGAAAAGAUAACAGAUCUUGUAGAGGACCAUACCACACAGGAGUACCUGAGUGAAAAACUCAAAGUCACAGAAGGUGCCAGUAGUAGCAGUGACAAAACAGAAGACAAAAUUCCAUCAGAGGCUAUGCUACACUUACUACAAAGUGCUUUUAGCAGACAGAUGGCUCAGAAGCAUCUGCCAGAGAAGACUGCAAAUGAGAAGUUAAAUAUUCCUUAUGAACACUUCUAUCAAGCUCUCGAAAAGUUAAACAAGCCCUCCCAGUUAAAAGACUCAGAAGAAAGUCUGUACAGUGACUACGUUGAUCUUUUUUACAAUGCCAAACCAUACAAGCAUAGAGAUGAUAGACUGCUCCAGGCCUUGGUUAAUAUUAUAAAUGAAGGAAACUAAACUAUAGGGUAUGGUGCUGAGUUGGAAAUAUUCAUGCUCCCCACCUCACCUCCAUAGUUUUUUUCAGAAGUCUGUUGUAUGCUCUAGUUGUGUGAUUGCUGCUUUGAUUGCUUCAUGUUUAACACAAAUAUCAAGGAAGAGGAAAAAAUGGAUGUGGGAGGAUAAGGCAGUAAACUGCCUUAGUAAUAGCUUUUUUUCAGAGCCUUUAUUCAUUACCAUCAGAAUAGACUUGCCCUCUCAGGCAUGAAACACAACAGUAUUCCCCUGAAAAAAAAAAUCCACUAAUGCUCUAUUAAAAAAAAAAUCACAUUAUUUACUCUUCCACCCUAUUCCCUUAGCAUGCAGUAAGAUUCAAAACCUGAAUUACCAAGCAGUUUUGAACUGAACUGCCAAAGCUAUGGGAGGUACUUUCAUCCCUGGAUUUGUAAUAAAUGUUGCAGUCUUUCUUACACAUGGCAUAUAUUCAAGAUUUAAGACUGGCAGCCAGUACCGCUUCUGUCACAGUUUUUUUGUUCCUUUUCCAAACAAUGCAACCUUCUGUCUUCUAGGAAAGGAGCAGCUGUAAAGCUCGAGUUGAGUUGGAGCAUUGCAGGAAAGUGCCAACCAGUCAUUUACUAUCCAUGCCUGGAAAGAAGCUUUAGUCUAAGCACACAGUAAUGAAGUUAUUGCUGAGUUAGGGUGCAGGCAAAUAUAUGCUAACAUAAAGGAGCCCCAGUUGAGGCAUCCCAGACCAUGGGAUGACAUUCUUGCCACUUAAUUUUAAUUAAAGUGAAGUAAGUGGAUUGUAAGCCUAUUCUUUGUAGGCUGUAUAUAGUUAAUGAAGACAGAGGCUCCUAUAGAUAGCAUUUCAGAGCACUUCACUAGUUUUUACACUGGUUUUAAAUUAUCUGCUGGAGUACUUUUUUUUUUUUGGACUAUAUGAGUUUUGGGGGACCAACUUCCUACCUUCGGAGCCUCAGUUAGGUUUCUGAAGUUAAGUAAUAUAAACAUGUCCUGAGAUGUCUACAUGCUCAGCAGUCAGGACAACAAAACUGUCCUUUCCUUGGUCAAUGGCCGAAGUGGUAUAGAAAAGGGAACUAUUUCUGCAAAGUCCACUUAAAGACUAGCUGUUGGAAUGUCUGUGGUGGAUUGUAACAUUUCCUAAAUAUUUAGCAAGUUAAGGGAAAGUGGUUGGGGGAAGCGUUGAGAUACAAUAUCAAGAGAAAGGAGUAAGAAGUAGAAGGAAAGACUGCAUGGGAUGUGGAGGAGGAAGAAGGAAAGAAGGAAGAGAAAGGAAGUAGAGGCAGCUAUGAGGGAGCAGCAAGGGCAGGCUGCUCCCUGACAGUAGCAGUUUUAGGAAAGAAAAAAUGGAAAGUGAGAUAAUAGAGGAAAAUGUGUUGCAAAGCCUGUGAUGAGAAGAAAAGGGGUAAUAAAAGGAGAAAGGACUCAGAGAGGUCUAUCACCCUCUCCCAGGUGAAAAAAAAAUCAAAUCUGGAGCAGAAUGAUAUCAGUCCAGUCAAUUUGUUAGAGAAAUAGUUUUCCACACAUGCCUCUUUAAAGUCAAAGUCAAUAUUGGCCUAUUGCUUUGUUUGUAAUUAAAAAACAGUAUAAUGUUGGACAGUCAGAAAUUUAAGGGGAUUUAGAUCAAGGAAAUAAAGAUUCCUAAUGGAAGUAAAAAUGCAGUACCUAAUUGCAGUGCUAAAGAUAAUCUGAAUAAAUACUGACUGGAUUUUACUUUUUUCUCUUGCUCUCUCUCUCCCCCCCCCCAUAUCUAUCUAUAUGAUAUCUAGAUAUCUAUCAUAUUUUCCAAACAUUCCAGAAAUACUUGUUUAUCUUUCACUAUCCCAUUAAAUGAUGUGAGUGUCUGUAAAACAGAAGUUUAACAUUUUGCUGAUAAAUCAUCACUUUAGACAGUGAUUUUUUUCAAACUUCACACUAAAUCUUGCAAUUUAAAACAAAAUCUGUUUCCUGUAACAGUACUUAGAUCUUACUUUAUGGAUAAACAGGA